GUACAAAUUGGGCCCAUGAGAUUGACACAAGAUCCAAUUCAGGUUUUGCUGAUCUUUGCAAAAGAAGACAACCAAAGUGAUGGUUUCUGGUGGGCUUGUGACAGAGCUGGAUACAGGUGCAAUAUUGCCCGGACUCCAGAGUCAGCGCUUGAAUGUUUUCUUGAUAAGCACCAGGAAAUAAUUGUUAUAGAUCACAGGAACUCCAGAUAUUUUGAUGCGGAAGAUAUCUGCAGGUCUAUUCGUGCCACAAAACCAUCAGAGCACACUGUAAUACUUGCUGUGGUUCCACGCACAUCUGUUGACCAAGAAGAGACUUCUGUUCUUCCCCUUCUUAAUGCAGGCUUUAAUAGGCAAUUCAUGGAGAAUAGCAGCAUAACUGCUUGUUACAAUGAACUGGUUCAAAUAGAACAUGGGGAAGUGCGAUCUCAGUUCAAAUUACGGGCUUGUAAUGCAGUGUUUAUGGCAUUAGACCAUUGUCAGGAAGCUAUAGAAAUAACCAGUGAAGAUCAUGUCAUUCAGUAUGUCAAUCCAGCCUUUGAACGGAUGAUGGGGUAUCACAAGGGAGAGCUUAUUGGCAAGGAACUUACUGAACUACCAAAAAGCGAUAAAAACUGUGCAGAUCUUUUAGACACUAUCAACACAUUUAUUAAAAAAGGAAAGGAAUGGCAAGGAGUUUACUAUGCAAGAAGAAAAUCGGGAGACAGUAUCCAGCAGCAUGUGAAGAUAACACCUGUGAUUGGUCAAGGAGGGAAAAUAAGACACUUUGUGUCCCUCAAAAGGCUGCAUUGUACCAAUGAAAACAACAAACAGCUCUACAAGACUCACCGUGAUGAGAAGUACACAGGAGACAAUUCUCAGUCAGAAACCCAUUCCUUCAAAUGCAAGAACAGAAGGAAAGACUCAACUGAUGUUAAGUCUAUAACAUCUCAAAGUAGUGAUGCUCCAAGUUUACAGACCCGACGGUACUCUUCCAUGGCCAGGAUCCACUCGAUGACAAUAGAAGCUCCUAUCACAAAGGUUAUUAACAUAAUUAAUGCUGCCCAGGAAAACAGCCCCAUCACAGUAGCAGAGGCCUUGGACAGAGUUCUGGAAAUCCUGCGGACAACAGAACUUUACUCUCCUCAGCUAGGUACCAAAGACGAAGAUCCUCACACAAGUGAUCUUGUUGGAGGUCUGAUGACUGAUGGUUUGAGAAGACUGUCAGGAAACGAGUAUGUGUUUUCUAAGAAUAUGAACCUGAGCCAUAGUCACCUUUCAGUGCCAAACAGCAUCAGUGAUGUUCCGCCCUGUAUCACACAGCUCCUAGAUAAUGAGGAAAGCUGGGACUUCAAUAUUUUUGAGUUGGAGGCUGUUACAAAUAAAAGGCCAUUAGUGUAUUUGGGCUUAAAAGUUUUUGCCCGGUUUGGGGUCUCUGAGUUUUUAAGCUGUUCAGAAGCAACACUGCGAGCGUGGCUGCAGGUGAUUGAAGCCAACUACCACUCCUCCAACUCCUACCACAACUCCACGCACGCGGCGGAUGUCCUGCAUGCUACCGCCUUCUUUCUCGGGAAGGAGAGAGUUAAGGGCAGCCUUGACCAUUUAGAUGAGGUGGCUGCAUUAAUAGCUGCCACCAUUCAUGACGUAGACCACCCUGGACGGACCAACUCCUUCCUGUGCAACGCGGGCAGCGAAUUAGCCAUCCUUUACAAUGAUACAGCUGUUUUAGAGAGUCAUCACACGGCACUGGCAUUUCAGCUUACAACUAAAGACAGCAAAUGCAACAUUUUCAAGAAUAUCGAUCGAAAUCACUACCGGACAUUGCGCCAGGCCAUUAUUGAUAUGGUUUUGGCAACGGAGAUGACGAAGCACUUUGAGCACGUGAACAAAUUUGUCAACAGCAUCAACAAGCCAAUGGCAUGUGAGGAGACCAGCAGCGACUGUGAAUGUACAGCCAAUAUAAAGAAUUUUCCUGAUAACCAGACACUGAUCAAGCGCAUGAUGAUUAAAUGUGCAGAUGUAGCAAAUCCAUGUCGCCCCCUAGAGCUAUGUAUCGAAUGGGCAGGGAGGAUUUCAGAGGAGUAUUUUGCACAGACUGAUGAAGAGAAGAGACAGGGUCUGCCUGUUGUAAUGCCAGUAUUUGAUAGAAACACCUGCAGCAUCCCUAAGUCUCAAAUUUCCUUCAUUGAUUAUUUUAUAACAGAUAUGUUCGAUGCAUGGGAUGCAUUCGCACAUCUGCCUGUUUUGAUGCAGCACUUGGCUAAUAACUACAAGCACUGGAAAACACUGGAUGAGUUAAAGUGCAAGAGUCUUAGGCUCCCAUCAGAAAACAACAACUGACACUAAGGCAAGAAAAACAGACCUCUCAAUCUACCAGUUUCACUGUGAAUCACUUGCUGACUUGGCUACAAGAGGGAUGGUGUUUCCUUUCCAGUGAAAUUAAAGAGUGUGUGGCAAGAAGGAAGUAUUUUAUUCAUCACUUUUAAGCUUCUCUGAAUCCUACAGAAAAAUGUUUUCAAAAGGCUACAUAAUCCACAGAAGAAUAAGUGCUCUUCAGAAAUAACAUUUUGUGGCAGAAAAUUUAGUUCUGAACUUAAUUUCUAAUACUGAAUAUGCAUUCGUCAAAUCCUGUAAUUGAUACAACUGUAUUCACUAACACUUCACACAACUGUUUCUCAGACAGAGGGGUAAUCUAGUCACCAGUAGAUUAAGAACAGGUUGACAAAUAAGCAUAAAAAUGUCCCACUUAUCUAGCAUAAAUUUGCUCCAAUUCUUUCAAUGUUCUUCAGCUCUCUGAACCACAGCUUUAAAGAGAACAUGCACAGUAGAACAAGUAAACCUUAAUAAAUUGGAUAUAGUAAAAAACAAGCCUUGCACCAUUUAAAACAACCUUAUUAUUACAGAGACUAUCUCUCAGAACACCACCUGUUGUCUCUUCUUUCUUUUCCAUGUAAAAUCUUGGUAGGAGUCAAAUUCCCUUUAAAUUGGUUAUAUAAUAGAGGAAAAUAAGCAUGUUCUGUAGAACAGGUGACAUCCACAUGUUUCUCUGCCAUCUUAGAGAAGUUACCAUGCAACAUUUUGUCAAAUUUUACACAAAAAACACUGCAGCACUUGAUCAACUUUUUUUUUUUUAUAUAUAUGAAGUGGUAUUUGUACACAUGGUCAUCAAUUUUAUUAAAAUGAUCUAAAUUUUAUGAUAAGUCCAUAUAUUGUGCUACUUACUUCUAGGAUGAACCUGUUGCUUUUUAAAAAAGUUUCCAGGUUAUAAAUUAUAACAGCAUUAUGAUUUGUACUGCUUUUUCACUCCUAAUAAAAUGCUGGUUUGUUUUGUGAUGUAAAAAGUAUUUCAAAAGAUGUAAAUAAGUUAGAAAUCAAACCUAGUUUUUCAUUAGUUUUAAGAUACGAAAUUUAUGCUAAAGCUUCCAAAGCACAAACGCGUAUUUUUGUACAUCUCAUUUUAAUCACAUGCAGAACAUGAACAUGAGUUCAAAUUUUAGACUAUUCUCAGACUAUUCAGUUAAUAAAUACUAGCAGAACUGCUGAUUUUUAACACUGUGCACUCCAGGCUGCAGGCGAGAGUGUCAAAGCUGUGGCUGCAGUUGAAGUAGCAGUUCACUACUCGGUAAAAGGAAAGGUCUCAAGACAUACUCUUUACCUCUGCUAUGCUGUAUCAAGAAUUGAACUGGGUGAAGCGGUGAGGGUGGGGGGACCAAACCAAAACCAAACAGAGUUUAGAUUACUGUGGAAGAAAAGUGACAAUGAUUGUUGUUUACUGCAGGUAGCUUACAUAAUGUGCCAACCUUUUUUGUACGUUUUGUACCAAGUUUGAAAACAAAAAUAAACAUUCAUAAAAAUGUAUGUGCAGAGAAAUGUAUAUAAGCUAUAUUUUUGUUAGAAUUGUAAUAGAACCUUACUCUUGUCAUAGCUAAGGCAGGUUGCUGUGUAUUAAAAUGCUGCAUUGUGUAUAUUUCAAGAAUGGUGUUCUGGUGAAGUAUGUUUAUUCAUUCUUUCUUACUAUCUAUUGCAACAUCCUUCAAUUUUUAUUCAGAGAAGUUGAACCUCUGUUUUUUAUACUGUUGUUGCUUUUACCAUUCCUUUAUUUAGAACUAGUGCUCUUGGUGAUUGUACCUUAACUAUUCUGAUGACUGAACGCUCACUGCAGUUUGCAUUAGAGAAAAGAAUUUCACAAUACUCAAAGCUUUGUCAUCUUAAAUUAAUUGAUUAAAUACUGCAACACUGUAAGACCACAUCCAUGUAAAGCAUUUCAAUUCAUUUUUUUUGUCACACUUCUGUCACAAAGAAGAAAAUGUGAAUGGUGGAAGGAACCUAAGAAAUAAAGUUCAGCCUCAGUUCUGGUUCACAAGUUAAGGCGUUAGUGUGGAAUCAGUGUAUUUGUUGCAAGAUCCUGUGUUUCUUCCCUCAGUCAAGAGACUAAGAAAAUAAAUAAUUUGUGUGGAGAUACAUCUUCUUUAAAAGCAAAAGAAAUCAGCAUGGAUUAAUCAUCAUCUGCCAGUUAUGUCAGAUCUCCUAGACUCUUAACCUGUCCAGUUGAAUAAUAGCUGCUUGUUUCAUGAUAUUGUCAGUGCACAGACACAUAAAACAGCUGCCUCAGAGUUGUAAAAGUAUUAAGGGUAGGUCUGAUAAAGAUACUUACUUUCAUGAUGUGAAGUUACAGAAUUCUGCAAUACUGCAAGAUAGAAAAAGAAAUGUAAAGGACAAAAGGUGGAAGUAAAAUUUCUAAUCCAGUCACCCUAAUUCUGCUCACUGCACUUCCCAAUAGCAAGUGACAAACUCUUACUUAACAGGAGUGGGCUAGUAUAGCCUUACUGUGUUCACUGUUAAGCUCAAAGUUCAUUUGUAAAAGAAAGAACUCAGUUUAAUACUUUCAACUCAACCAUCCUUAAAGGAAGAGACCCUUGGGAGAUCUAUUACCAAUGGUGCAUAUCUGAGAACAACGGCACUUUUGACAGAUGUAAAUAUUUAUACAUGCAUGUAGGACUAUUUAAGGCUGAAUUACAUCCUUGUAAAAUGCACGGAGAGUUUUGUGACUAGAAUGGUUCAGUUUAAUAGGUCUGUUUCCGUAUCCAGGUAUUCACUUAAAAGCAGUCGCAUAAAAAUGAAAUAGUUGUUCUCAUGGUAUAGGAAGGAGACAUAAUAAAACGAUGAUAUUCCUUCUUUCUAGUUAUAACUGAUGAUAGCAGUAGCCUCUCCAAAAAAAAAACCCCUAAGUUUUAUAAGCUUUUGCGGUAAAGUUUUAGUGGCAAUGGGUAAACACAUACAACUAAACAGUUUUUUCUCAAUUGAAACAAGGAAAAAGAGCCAAAAAGAAACUGACCUUCCUACGUUGUACUGGGGUAGCCAAAAAUGCAACACUUGCUGAUGAAGCCAAGGUGAAAAAAUGCAGACUGACAGGCAGAAAGGCUCAACAUGCCUUCCUCCCCCAAGUUUAAUACCAUAUACCCAAAGGCAUGUUAUCAUCACCUGUACUCCUAACGCCUUUCCUAUGCUGGUCUAUAGAAUAGCCACCCUGAGC